GUUCUUACAGGACACGGAAUGACCAAGGACUCAGUAACAUCUCAACCACUCCAUGACCUUUGAAUCAGUCCAACGAAUUUGGUUUACUACCUUGCGUUUUUACAGAGUCUUCUCUCCAAGAAAUACUUCAUUUUAAUGCAACCGCUCAGAAGUCAGGGGUCCUUAUAUUGAUUCCAUGAUCUAUCCCCUCUGCUCAACUGAACCUCUGGCACGCAGAUGGAUCAGGAUCGCCCCUUUUACUCGAACUACGUCCAUGGAAACAGCAGUGGAUCAUCAUCACCGGGAAUGUCGCCAGCUUCCACUUUUAAGCGUCCUCCAAACGUCCAGGCUGCCUCGCAGCUUCUGGCUGCUACCAUGAUGAAGAGGGCUGCUGAUAGUAAUGAAGAUGAGGAUCACGAUGACUUUGAAUUUGGGUCUCCUUCUACUUCAUCUUGUUCCUUUCCCCACGAUAGCCACAGCAAUGUCCCCAAUGCCCUCGGGGGAUCACAUUUGACUCCUGCUACCACGCCCGAGCAGUCUCCUUCAGCUGUGCCAGGUAGAAACUCCAUAAGGUACCUUCAGACCAUUAACUCCAAAUCGGCGGAAAGACCGUUCCCCUCCAUGCCUUCAACAGCUUCAGCAUCACCAAUCAAAACACCAGUUCCAAUACCUCCUAUCCAACUUCCUAAGAGAAAACCAAGAGCUGAUCGAAGAACUCCUCUUGAUGCCCAACAACCCAAUCUAAAUGACACUGGGAAUAAGCAUGAAGUUUCUGCACUCCGUGAUGAACUUGAUAUGCUGCAAGGAGAAAAUUACUCAUUAUGGGAGAAGCUUCAACAAUCUGAAGACAGGUGCAGCAAAGCAGAGGUCAGAGCCAGGGAGCUUGAAAAACAGGUUGCUAAACUGGGACAAGGUCGAUCCCUUGAUGAUGAAUUUGCACGGAGGAGAGAAGGGUUCUUGCGUGAAAGAGAGAUUGCUUUAAAGAAUGGAAGAGACAAGGAAAUUGUAGCUCUUCGUUUGAAAAUGGAGAACUUGAUGGAAGAUAGAGAAGCAGCUAUUACCCAACUUCAGGAAGCAAAUUCUGAGUUGAAUGCUCUACACACGACAGUACAUAGAAUGGUUUUGACGCAGGAUGAGAAGGAAGAGGUUGUGUUGAAAAGAUGUUGGCUCGCUCGAUACUGGGGUUUAGCUGCAAAACAUGGCAUUUGUACUGAUGUAGCACAUUCUAGACAUGAGUAUUGGUCAUCUCUAGCUCUGCUUCCAUUUGAAGUGGUCAUUUCUGCUGGAGUGAAGGCUAAGGAAGAGUCCUGGGGUGCAGGCGGCAACAUUCCAGAUAGAAGAGAACUCGUUAAGGAUACAAGUGAUUUAACAGGUGAAGGAUACAUCGAGAGCAUGCUUUUGGUAGAAGCCGGGCUGAAGGAGUUAUCUACUUUGAAGGUUGAAGAAGCCGUCAGUCUAGCAAUGGCUCAAAGCCAAUCCAAUUUGGCUAGGCAAUCCACCAAUUUCAUAUUUCCUGGUGAUUUCAGAUUCAUUGAUACAUUGGAACUAAGCAAAGAGGAGGCUGAAGACAUUCUUUUCAAACAGGCUUGGUUGACAUACUUCUGGAGAAGAGCUGUGGUGCACCAUAUUGAAGAAGACAUUGCCAGAGAAAGGCUUCAAUCCUGGAUUGGCCGGAGUGGGCAGACACCAAGUCCACAUGAUGCCGUGGAAGCAGUUGAGCGGGGUUCACGGGAGCUGCAGAAACUUGGAAUAGAACGCCAACUUUGGGAAGCAUCUCGCAAGCUCACUGACCACCCCCCACCUCCUACAUCGGCAUCUAGCGUCAUUGCUCUCCUCGAUGGCCAUGAUCAGUGAGAGUUACACCAUUCAUAUUCUCUCCAUUCCCAUACUAGGCUUACCCCAUAAUUUAUGCCCAUCUGCUGCAGCUAGUCUCCACGCUCUCGUGCAUAAAGCUCGUUCAUCAGGACAAACUGUCUGGUUGGGAUUGCAAUCGUUUGGUAGAUAAUUGAUAUUUGGAGAGUGGAUCGAGAACAUUGAAAUCUCCGAUUAUAAGUCAAUGAGAGAUGAAACAAGACGUAUUUUUGGUGA